CUGAUAAAUGAAUUUUCAGGCACCGAUAGUAAUGGUUUUGGUUAUGGUGGUACUGGCAAAAAGAGUACCAAUAAGCAGUUUGAAAACUAUGGCACAUCAUUCACUCUUGGUGACACGAUCGGUUGUAUGCUUGAUCUGGACAGCAGCACAAUUGCAUUCUCAAAAAAUGGCAAACAUCUGGGCAAAGCGUUUGAUAUUCCACAAAAACUCAAAAAUACAGCACUCUUCCCGGCAGUGGUUUUGAAGAAUGCAGAGAUUCGUUUCAAUUUUGGCGAUUCCGAAUUCAAAAAUCUGCCGGAAGGCUAUAUCGCAGUCAGUAAAGCAGAAUCUGAGAACGUGCUUGUAUCACCAAAUGGUGUAUCAUCGAGUGCACCGAAAAAAGUUGCCGAACCGAAUGCUCCGGCCUGUAUCAUAAUCGAACCAACCAAAGAACUGGCCGAACAAACCAAUGGCCAGUUGGAAACAUUCAAGAAAUACCUUAGUAAACCAUCGAUUAGGAAUGCACUGGUAAUUGGUAGCAUACCAAUGGGCGAACAAAUGCGCCUGAUCUCAUCCGGUGUCGACAUAAUUACCUGUACACCUGGACGAGUGGAGGAUCUUAUUCAGAGCGGUAAAAUUUCCCUCUCAAAUGUCCGGUUCUUCAUUCUCGAUGAAGCUGAUUCACUGAUAUCAGCAAAAACCCAUCUGCCGACAAUUGAACGUAUUCAUGCGGCAUUACCAAAAAUAACUGCUUCCGGUGAACGUCUACAAAUGAUUGUUUGCUCGGCAACGCUUCAUAAUUUUGAUGUGAAAAAACUCGCGGUAGAAUUUCAUUGGAUCGUAUGAUG